GGCCCAGGACCAGGCCCAGGCCCAGGCCCAGGCCCAGGCCCAGGCCCAAGCGAUAAACAAGCUGGAAAAGCCCGCAAUGCUAGUCGAGGAUGUGCCACUGGCUGUCGUCAAGGACGACGUGCCGCUCACCAUUGUCAAGGACGUGCCACUCACUGCUGUCGAUGUCAUUUGCGCCAAGACCAAGCGUCCGCUCGUCGAUCUCACCGGCGGCAAAUCCACGCUGCUCAACGAAAUCAUCGGCGACCUUCUCAAAGAAUUCAACAUCCUUACAACCCAACCAAUCCCCGACCGCAUCGACGAAAUCAGCCUAUCCGAACAACCCCUCAAGGGGCUUGGCAAAUACACCGCCGCGCAGGUCGCCCGCCUGUUCAGCGCCAAGAUGCCUGGCAGCGUUUCAAUUUCGGCUGCCCGCCGCGGUUUGGCUGACACACAUGGGCUGGAUGCUGCACUUUUGGUGGCAUUGACAAUGGAGCCGGCGGACAAGGAUAAAGCUGAAGAAUGGCUGGCAUUGGUGGCACGGACAUACGCGGAUGCUGCGGGAAUUGAUCUGCUGCCGGCAACAUCCUCUUCUAGCCAAUCGGGUCGGCCGGCUUUGUCUCCGCUGUUGUUGGCGGGCGGUGCAAAUAUCAACAGCGCCGAGUUUGACCAUGCCCAGACCAAGCUGCGCCGCAUGGCCGAGCAGCAGAUCCAAGCGUACGCCGAAUACCUGGCAGCUCCUCCGUCUGCCAACCACCAGCACCAGCAGCCAGGCUUAUCCAUGCCCACCACCCACGAUGUACUACACAAGCUGCAGCAGAAAAACAUCGAAACCACCCAGAGGCUAGACGGCAUUUCCGCCGAGCUGGGCCCGGAAUUUAUCGACGGCAUCCGCGGCAUCUUCAGCCCACAAAAGGCCCGGCGCUUUGACUCGUACUGGAACUGGGCACGCCAGGACGUGGUUUCCUGGUUUAACAGCGUACGUGUAUCAAAGUUGCCUGUUGAUUGGGCCGCAGAGUCCACUCAGCGCCGGAUACUGAUGAUUGCUAACCGCGCCGACGACGCACUAAUUGCUCUGCUUGACGGCCUUAUUCAUCAUCUGGAUGUUGCUACGCAGCCUUCUGCUGGCAAAAGCACUGAGGCCGCAGAGCUGCUGCUGCUGCUGCACAAGAUACACGCACGGUGCACUGAGGCUCUUGGCUCGACAGAAGGUAGCGGUGCUCAGCCGGUGUACCGCGAAUUGUCCCGGCCAUCUCAUCCGGCCACCGAAAUCAGCGUUGCCGGCAAACUAUCCUACUCCGAAUGUUCGCCGCGCCCUGGCGAGCCCACUUUUGCCGAGUACGUCAGGAAUGUCAGUGCCAAGCACGCAGAGUUCCCUCCGCUCAUCCACCUGCGCCAACGCACACAAUCGUAUACCUGGGAGUACUCUGAGGAGCAGUCAGCCGAGUACUACAGUUGCUUGCACGAGCAAUGCGCCACCGCCGCUGGUGUCUCAUUUGCCAACACCACUGUGCUUAUUACGGGUGCCAGCCAAGGAUCAAUCGGCGCCCAGGUGCUGCAGGGCUUGUUGUCCGGAGGCUCCUUUGUUAUUGCCACCACGACAAGCUAUGCUAAGGUAAUGCCGUUCUACGAGCAGCUGUACAGAGACUAUGGCGCCAAAGGAUCUGUUCUUAUUGUUGUGCCGUUCAACCAGGCAUCCACGCAGGAUGUGUCCCAACUUGUCGAUUUUAUCUAUAGUACUUUGGGACGCAAUCUUGACUACGUCCUGCCCUUUGCUGCGCUUGCUGAUUACGGCUCCGACAUUUCCCAGCUAGGCUCCCUCUGUGAACUCUCUAUGCGGCUGAUGCUCACCAAUGUAAUGCGCUUGCUAGGCGAGAUUAAGCACGCCAAGGAGGUGCGCCAAUGGGACGAGUGGCCAACCCUUGCGGUUCUUCCCAUGUCACCCAACCACGGCGAACUCGGCUACGACGGGCUCUACGGAGAGAGCAAAGCAGCUCUGGAGACUCCUGAUUUCAAUUGCCGGGCUGUCAUUGGCUGGACGCGCGGUACUGGGUUAAUGUCCAUCAACAACCCUGCGGCUGAACAUGUCGAGCGGCAGAGCCACGGCGGCCGCACAUUCUCGACCGCCGAAAUGGCAUUCAAUAUUCUCGGCCUCCUCCACCCACGCAUCAUUGCCAUGUCCCACCUGUCGCCUAUCUGGGCGGACUUGAACGGCGGCCUGCAGCGCAUUCAGAACUGCAGCCGCCGCAAUGCCAUUGCCAUGUCGUAUUUCGCCGAUAUUUCAGUCGCCAGUGGCCACGAUGCCGGUAUAUUGCAUAAGGAGUAUGGGGUUGAUCCGUUGUUCAACCACCGGCAGUAUUUUACCCAGCCGCCGUCCAUGUCGCCCGGCCACGACCAGCUGCGUGACCUAAGACAGCUUGAGGGCAUGGCUAAUUUGGACAAAGUCAUCGUAGUGACCGGCUACGGCGAAGUUGGCCCGUACGGCAACGCAGAGACACGGUGGGAAAUGGAAGCGUACGGAGAGUUUUCCCUCGAGGGAUGCAUUGAGCUAGCGUGGAUCAUGGGCCUGAUUAAAAACGCACCUAAAGGACACGUUGGCUGGGUCGAUGCUAAAACAGGAGAAACGGUGGCUGACAAGGACAUUAAGCGCAAGUACGAGAAAUUCAUCCUAGAACAUACCGGAAUUCGUACACUCGAGGCCGACCAUCUGUGGGAUGUCCAGGACCCGGCGGCGCAGCAGUUCAAACUGCGCAACCAAGAUAAGGUGGACAUUUGGGAUAAUGGUGAUGGCUCGUGGUCUGUGCGGUUCCUCCGGGGUGCAUGUCUAAUGGUACCCAAGGCUCUGCGCUUUGACCGGCUUGUCGGCGCCCAGCUUCCCUCUGGUUGGUCACCCGAGCGCUACGGAAUCCCCAAAGAUAUCAUCCAGCAGGUUGAUCUCGUCACCUGCUACGCGAUCAUUGCCACAGUCGAGGCUCUCGUGCGCUCCGGAAUCACCGACCCCUACGAGCUCUAUGCGUACUUUCACGUUUCCGAAGUCGGUACAUCAAUGGGAUCUGGCGCCGGCGGCGUGCACUCGAUUCGCGAUCUUGAUAUCCUACAGGAGACCUUCGCCAACAGUAUGGCUGCUUGGGUCAACAUGCUUUUACUUUCCUCCGCGGGCCCCAUCAAAACUCCAACUGGCGGCUGCGCCUCUGCACUAUUGUCUAUUGAUGUAGCCGCAGAUACAAUUCGCCAAGGCAAAGCGCGCGUCAUGAUGGCCGGUGCCUUCGAAGGUAUUGUCGACCAAGGCAGCUACGAGUUUGCCCAAAUGGGCGCCACUUGCUCUUCCACUAAUGAAGAAGCACAGGGAAGGUUGCCGCGCGAAAUGUCCCGUCCAUCAACCCAUUCGAGGUCGGGAUUUGUUGAAACACAGGGUGCUGGUGUGGUUGUUUUAAUGUCGGCAUCGGCGGCGCUGGAGUUUGGCGCGCCUAUUUAUGCUAUUAUUGCUUAUACUGGAUCGGCGACUGAUAAACAAGGUUACUCGCUGCCGGCGCCCGGAAUGGGUCUACUGACUUCCGCCAGACAGCAACAGCAGCAACAACUCCCGCCUUUGUCAUCAUUGCCCUUGCUUAGCAUCGAAUACCGCAAGCGCCAACUACAAGCCGAGCUCAAAUUUAUUAACUCCUGGGCAUCCUUAAAAACCCAGCAAGAAGCGGAUAAUUCCGAAGCUGUGUCUGCAAUUGCAGAGCAAGCAGAGGCGCGCCGCGCAGCUGCUUUGGACACCUGGGGGAUAGAUUUUUGGCGCAAAAACUCCAAGAUAUCGCCUUUGCGCGGUAGCCUGGCGGCAUGGGGUUUAUGCGCCAACGAUAUUGGACUGGCAUCUCUGCAUGGGACAGCCACGGUAGCCAACGACCUGAAUGAAUCCAAGGUUCUGGACGCUCAGCUACGCGCCCUAGGCCGCUCUCCGGGGCUGGCCAUACCGGCAGUAUGCCAAAAAUGGCUCACUGGCCAUCCCAAGGGCCCGGCCGCCGCUUGGAUGCUUAACGGCGCCAUACAGUCAAUGCGCACUGGUCUGGUCCCGGGCAACCGCAACGCAGACAAUAUUGAUAAGGAACUAUGCUGUGAGUAUAUUUUUUACCCAUCCCGGUCGAUCCAGACACCCAUGGUCAAGGCUGCGCUACUCAAGUCGUAUGGUUUUGGGCAGGUUGGCGCUGAGCUCCUGGUUGUUCACCCGCAUUAUCUGUUGGCAACCUUGUCUGAGCGAGAGAUUGAGGAGUAUAAGAAAAAGACUACGCGCCGUGAGCAUAGGGCGUACCGGUACUGGCAGGACACGUUUGCUGGAAACCAUCCGUUUUUCCAGCUCAAGAGUUCGCCUCCGUUUUCGCCUGAUAUGGAAAAGCAAGUAUACCUCGAUCCUUUGUUGCGUGCAAAGUAUGAUGCAAAAACAGGUAGCUAUCAUUUCUAAAGCCCAAUAAAAGCUUUUUUUAUUUAUCGUUAUCAAUAUCAAUAUCAAUACCAACUUGGUAUUUAUGUCAA